CGCGCAGAAAUCGGCCUCUCAGCCAAAGUAGCGCGUACCGCAUCGCAGGCAAGAAAACAGCCGUCGUGGAACGACCGACAGAAAUGUCGUUAACACAGUGAAGUUUUUACCUGCCGCCGUCCACGGCCACCUACGCGACCCUCUUCCAUCCCCGUUGGGGUGCGUAAAUAAGUGCGAGUUAUCGCGAGUGGCGUCGUCAUCGUUACGUGAAUAACAGUGAAAUAGUUCGGAUUAAGUCUCUUCGUCGUAGAGAAAGCGCUAAAAAAGAAAUAAUUCAAUAUGACGGUGUUUGGUAUGGUAUCGGCCGUAGCGGGCUUUAUCAAAGUCCGCUACCUGGUCGACAAGGCUAUGAUCGACAACAUGGUGUUUCGCGCCCACUACCGCAUCACAUCCGCCAUUUUGUUUUUGUGCUGUAUCAUCGUCACCGCCAAUAAUCUCAUUGGCGAUCCCAUUCAGUGUAUCAACGACAGGGGCGUUCCCGGUCACGUGAUCAACACCUACUGCUGGAUCACUUACACGUUCACGUUGCCCCACGAGCACGGCAAGCACGUAGGCACCGAAGUGGCCCACCCCGGCCUAGGCAACGAGAACCAGGAGAGGCGGUACCACAGCUACUACCAGUGGGUGCCGUUUGUUCUGUUUCUGCAGGGUAUAUUUUUCUACGUGCCGCACUGGUUCUGGAAAAACUGGGAACAGGGGAAGAUCAGGAUGAUAUCGGAAGGACUGCGUGGUACUUUGGUGGGCGAGAAAGCGGAACGGGAGCACCGCCAGAACCGUUUGGUCCAGUACCUCGUGGAAACGAUGCACUUGCACAACACUUACGCGUUCGGUUACUUCGUCUGCGAAGCUUUGAAUUUCAUCAACGUGGUUGUCAACAUAUUCAUGACUGACAAAUUUUUGGGCGGGGCAUUCCUGAGUUACGGUACUGACGUCGUCCGGUUCUCAAACAUGAACCAAGAAAACCGAACCGAUCCCAUGGUGGCCGUUUUUCCGAGAGUGACCAAGUGCACUUUCCAUAAGUUCGGUCCUUCCGGUUCCAUUCAACGUCACGACGCUCUCUGCAUCUUGGCGCUGAACAUUCUCAACGAGAAAAUAUACAUUUUCUUAUGGUUCUGGUUCAUUAUACUUGCGGUACUGUCCGGCUUGGCGUUGGUGUAUUCGGCAGCGGUUAUCUUGAUGCCGUCCACGAGGGAAACGAUACUGAGACGACGGUUCCGUUUCGGUGCACCGAACGCCGUCGACACCAUCAUCAGGAAAACGCAGGUGGGCGAUUUUCUUUUGUUACACCUGCUCGGUCAAAACAUGAACAUGCAAAUCUUCGCGGAAAUUCUGGACGAGUUCGUGCGCAGGCUCAACUUCGGUAGCAACAGUAACCUACCUUCGGCGCCUAGCACGAUAGAGAUGACCCCGAUAUAUCCGGAGAUUGAGAAAUACGGAAAGGAGACGGAAACCUAACGGCACUCUAGGAGAGUUUCUUUUUUUUUUUUUAAUUUAAGAUUUCAUUUAUAUAGAAGUUCGGUAAGGUAAGCUUAAAACGAAGAGUGAUAAAAAAUAGGUUAGUAGCUCUCAUCUACUUAGAAAAAUUUAUGUGGUGUGCGUAUUAUUAGGAAACGUGUGAAUCUCUAAAACGUACAACUAUAUAGUUAAAUGAUUGAUGAUGAUUUGAAGAAAGAAAAUCCAUGAGCCAUGAAUAAAAGUUUAUUUUUUUAGACUGUAGAACUAUACAUAAUAUCUAAUUUUAUUUGUGAUUGUAGGUAUUGCUUCACGCUAACGUCUAGGGUUACUUUAUUCUUAAUAUAUUUUCGGUUUAUUGUUUUUUUUUUUAUGAGUGGGCGGGCAAUAGCCGCCCCCGAACAAAUUUCUCACGCAAGUCUUUCCGUUAACUUAAAGUGCAUUAUUAUUUCCCGGAUCUGGGAAGUUUUAGGUUUAGGUUGAUCGCAAUGCAGGGCAAGACUGGAGUUUUUUUUUUUGUUCACAAAUUAUGAAUAUAAAAAAUUAUAUUUACUUAAGAACGUUUAGCGGUAAGGGUGCGGAAAACAAAUAAAAUAUAAUAUGCGUAAGACAAUGUGCGUUUGAAUUAAAUACGCCCAUCAAUCAACAGAAGUUCUGCGAUUCGUUUAAUCAUUUCUGUAUAUAUAGGGUGAUCUAGUGA